AUGGCCGGUAACGGCCGCCUCAGUAGCAUCUUUAGACCAUUCCAGCUCAUCUGGUUAUCCGUCAAAUUGCACUACGACGCUUUCAAAGAGGCCCUGCGCAAAGACGGCCUCGCCUCACUUACACAUCCCCAAAGAAUUCGAGACGCCGCCAUAGCAAAACUCCUCAUCAUAACUUCCAACGGCUUUAUCGCCUACGAGGACACCACCUGUGUCCCCUCCCUUGUCCGCUCCGCUCAGGGCAAAAUCCUCGAACUCGGCCCCGGACCAGGCAACCAAAUCCAGCGCUACGAUCCAUCCCUCGUAAAGUUCAUAUACGCCAUUGACCCCAACCCCCACUAUGGAGACGCCAUUGCCGCAAAGGUUAAGAAACUUGAUCUCCAGGAUAAGUACAAGUUUCUAGCAUGUGGUGUUGAAGAAAGCGAGAUUUUGAGAAGGGAGGGGAUUACAGAGGGGAGUAUGGAUACUGUGCUGAGUAUUCAGGUGUUGUGCGCGGUGGGGGAUGUGAAGAGUGUGAUGAGGGAGGUGUGGAAGUUGUUAAAGCCUGGGGGUAGCUUUGUAUUUUGGGAGCAUGAGAAGAAUAAGGAUACUGUUACGGCUAUGGCGCAAGCUUGUUUGAAUCCUGCUUGGAGCGCAUUCGUCGGGUGUUGUAUGAAUCGGGAUAUCAAGGCGGGUAUCCUUGCGGCUGGGGAGUGGGAGAACCCCGGUGAUAUUGAGGUGGCCGACGAUCCGUAUAGUUGCUUGCCUAGAAUUUGGGGCGUGCUCAAGAAAAAGGCUUGA